AUGAAUCAAGGAGGAGAGCAGGCAGUGAUGAUGGCUCAUCAUUGGACCCUGCCUUGCCAAGAGCUCGAGGGCACUUGGGACAGCUUGGUAUUCGACGAAAUGCUGCAGAUCAAGCUGCUGGAAUACGUUCGCACGAUGUUUUUGUUCUCGGACAAGAAUGUGAAUCCUGAUCUCAUAUCAUGGAAUAGAGUCGUACUGCUGCAUGGUCCGCCGGGAACAGGAAAGACAUCUCUUUGUCGAGGACUUGCCCAAAAGUUAUCUAUCCGGCUUUCUCAAAGAUAUCGAUAUGGUAAACUACUGGAGAUCAACAGCCACAGUCUGUUCAGCAAAUGGUUCUCCGAGAGCGGCAAGAUGGUACAGCGCAUGUUUGACCAGAUCUGGAGCAUGGUCGAGGAUGAAGACGCCUUCGUCUGUGUGCUGAUCGAUGAAGUGGAGAGUUUGGCGGCGGCGAGGAGAGCGGCGUUGUCUGGAAACGAGCCCUCGGAUUCGAUAAGAGCUGUGAAUGCGCUACUCACUCAGAUUGACCGACUGAAGAAGCAAAAAAACGUCUUGAUCCUGACGACUUCCAAUAUCACAGAGGCAAUUGAUAUCGCGUUUAUUGAUCGGGCAGAUAUCAAGCUGCACAUUGGCCUUCCGUCGCAGCAAGCGAUCUAUAGCAUCCUCUACUCUAGCAUCAAGGAGCUCGAGCGGGCAGCCAUUAUCCAAUCUCAAGUGAGCCCUAUGAUCAUCUAUAACUUCGAAGGAGAGCAGAUACAGGUGGCAGUAUCUCGGAAGCUGUAUGAUAUUGCCGGCCUGGCAUUGGGGAUGAGUGGCCGGAUCAUUCGCAAGCUCCCCUUUCUGGCGCAUGCCGGAUACAUUCAAGUAGGACGAGCAGUGCUGUCCAAGGUUUAUCUCUGUGGAAGGGAAAAAAAUAAUAAUUAUUAA